AUGUUGCCCGUAAUGAAUCGGUUCGGACGCAUCGCGCUAGCCGUGGUUGCAGUCCUGUUUGUCUUCGUCCUGCUGCUGUCUUACCAGGCGCCCGACAGCUUCAGGGCCAGUCUACCGAGCACAGAUUCGCUAUGGUCGAAAGGAGGGAGCACCACCGAGGCCUCGGCGACACCAACGCCUACACCCAUUGAGGAGGAGGAAGAGGAGGAGGUCGACCCUAACAGGGACAUUUCGUACGACUUGACCCGGCCGCCAACCGCCGGCUGCGAGGACCUUGUCAACGACCUUCAGCAGCGAAUCAUCCAGACCUACCAGAAGCGAUUCAAGGGUAUUCGCUAUGCCAACAUCUGGGGAUACCUCGAGACCGAAAACAAGGGAGAUGCCGCCAUCUGGUCCGCCCAACAGAUCCUGCUCAGCAUUCUCGGCAUUGAGACCAUGGAAGCUUGCCGCUUCAUGCACCAGGGAUGUGACAUGGAGAAGUUCCGCAAGGGACUCGAGGAGCACCGCCCGCACUCGGCCAUCAUCAUGGCUGGCGGUGGUAACUUUAACGAUUACUACUGGGAGGACCAACCGUCGCGCAUGAAGAUGAUCUCGACCUUUACCAACGUCUCCAUCCGCGCCUUUCCCCAGAGCAUCUUCAUGAACAACCCCGAACGGAUCAACCUUACCCACAUCGCCUUCAAGAAGCACCACGACCUUCAGCUUGCGGCCCGUGACAAGCCCAGCUACGAUUGGCUCCUCGACAACUUUGGCCAGACCGAUGGCAUCGACAACGAUCUCAUUCCGGAUAUCGCCUUUAUGUGGGGGAACCGAUCAGACUUCCGAGUCAACACGCCCAAGACCCACGACAUCCUCAUUCUUGCACGAAAGGACGCCGAGAUCUCUGCGGGCGACUCAGCCAUGAUCCCAUUUGGUGAAGGCCGCAUCGACCUGGGCGGCGCCGUGGGCAACGUGACAUACCGCAAGGUGGACUGGAAGUUCACCGAGACACCCGACAUUGACAACAAGGACAACCGAGAGCGCGGCAAGAACCAGCGAGCGUGGGCCAAGUCGAUGGCCGGCUUCGACCUCCUCGGAUCGGCUCGCUUCGUCAUCACGGACCGUCUACACGGCCACAUCCUGUCGACCGUCAUCGGAGUGCCUCAUGUGCUGAUGGAUAGCAAGCUGGGCAAGAACCUCAACUUCCACAACACGUGGACGCGCGACUGCAAAUGCACGCGCAUCACCAAGAGCAUCCACUCGGCGUUUGACGUGGCGCGCAUGUUUUUCGAGCAAGAGCUGAACCAACCAAGUUUAUGA